UCCAGGAAAGAAGAAAAAAAAAGUGAAGAGGAUUCCCAAACGACACGGGGGAAACAUGCAGCCGGCGACGAGACGGACUUUGCUGCUUCUGCUCGUGGUUUUGAUAACGCAAGACUGCUUCUCAUCCAAGGCAGAGGACCGGCUGUUCAGGAAACUGUUCAGAAGAUAUAACCAGUUCAUCAGACCAGUGGAGAAUGUCUCUGAUCCUGUCACUGUGGAGUUUGAGGUUUCCAUCUCGCAGCUGGUCAAAGUUGAUGAGGUUAAUCAGAUCAUGGAAACAAACCUAUGGCUGAGACAUAUUUGGAAUGACUACAAGCUGCGAUGGAUGCCGGCUGAGUUUGAUGGGAUUGAGUUCAUUAGAGUCCCAUCAAACAAGAUUUGGAGACCUGACAUUGUUCUCUACAACAACGCUGUAGGUGAUUUCCUUGUGGAGGAUAAGACCAAGGCUUUGCUGAAGUUUGAUGGUACCAUUACCUGGGUUCCUCCAGCCAUUUUCAAAUCCUCCUGCCCCAUGGACAUCACCUAUUUCCCCUUUGACUAUCAAAACUGCUCCAUGAAGUUUGGCUCCUGGACUUAUGACAAAGCCAAGAUUGACCUGGUACUUAUUGGGUCUAAGGUGAACCUGAAAGACUUCUGGGAGAGCGGCGAGUGGGAAAUCAUUGACGCUCCGGGCUACAAGCAUGAUAUCAAGUACAACUGCUGUGAGGAGAUCUACCCAGACAUCACCUACUCCUUUUACAUCCGGCGCCUGCCACUCUUCUAUACCAUCAACCUCAUCAUCCCCUGCCUCCUCAUCUCUUUCCUCACAGUGCUGGUUUUCUAUCUCCCGUCUGACUGUGGAGAGAAGGUCACGCUCUGUAUCUCCGUCCUGCUCUCCCUCACUGUGUUCCUGCUCGUUAUCACCGAGACCAUCCCCUCCACGUCGCUGGUCAUCCCGCUCAUUGGAGAGUACCUGCUCUUCACAAUGAUCUUUGUCACACUCAGCAUCGUCAUCACCGUGUUUGUGUUGAACGUACACUACCGCACUCCAAUGACCCACACUAUGCCGGGCUGGGUGCGCUCUGUGUUUCUGAAAGUGUUGCCGAGGAUUAUGUUGAUGCGGAGACCGAUUGAUGAAGACAGCAAGGCUGGGGGGUUGGACAGCAGUGGGGAGGCAGGAGGAGCUGGAGGGGGAGGAGGAGGCGGAGGAGGGAAAGGAGGGAAGAAAAGGAAGAAUAGCUUGAUGCAGGUUGGAGGGGGAUCCCUCAACUGUCUGGAGUUCGGGGACAGUAAGCUCUCCUCCAUGGAGGGCUGCACUGGGAAGAAGUGCCCUUGCCCCUGCCAGCAUGGGAAGGAGACCCCAGAAACACCAGACAUGGGGAAAACAGCACGUCAGCUGAGUCCACAGAGCAUCAACACAGUGGUGGCUUUUUCUGUGGUUUCACCUGAGAUUAAACAGGCCAUCGAGAGCGUCAAGUACAUCGCUGAGAACAUGAGGAGCCGCAAUAAAGCCAAAGAGGUGGAGGAUGACUGGAAAUACGUUGCCAUGGUGAUUGAUAGAAUCUUCCUUUGGGUGUUUGUGACGGUGUGCGUCCUGGGAACCAUGGGCCUCUUCCUCCAGCCGCUUUUUGGCUUCGUCUCAUAAGCCCUGAACAAUCAGGGUUUGCUGCCACCCUGUGUCGACCUAUCCUGAAUAAGUGACUCUCAGUUCUCAGUUGACGAAUCAGAAAACAGAGUUUUGAGUCCUAAAGCAUUACUUGGUGUGCUGGUUUUUGCUUCUUGCCUUUCAUAGAAAGCAGUAACAGAUGUAGUGAAGCAGAGGAAGAGUUUUUUUCAUAAGGUUUGCAGGCUGGUCUGUAAACUGUGUAACAGACACAGAGGUUAUAAGCCUUAAUUUAAUGGGCGGCUGAUUUUGAAGCUUUUCCUGGGCUUUUUGUUUCCAUGGUUAACAACAGUUACU